CAGCUGUUGCACAAGCGACUGCAUAUUAGAGAUGUCGGGGAUUUAAAGAAAUAUUUUUCAGUUUCAGUUGGAUUUUAGGGAAACUGACAAUUGGAAAUGGCGUCGAGCAGCCGUGUCUCAAAAGAAGAAGAUGAGUUAAUGGGGAAAUAUAGUAACAUUGAUGAAUAUGGUUUCAUUCGAGGCAAGGAUUUUGAUUACAAAUCGUACGAAAACUUCUUCUCUGAGUACACUACAGUCCUCGCUAAACGAGCAGCGAGAUGGAAUUGGCUACUUGACGAUGGGGCAAAAACUAAAAUAAAGACAGACUUCAGAGUGAAACGGUUUUGUCGAAAAGGAAUUCCCAUGCAGUUCAGGAAAAUGGUAUGGAUGAAUAUCAGCGGAGCUCAGAAACGUUUGGAUAAGAAUACAGGACUUUAUAGAAGGCUUGUCAAUGAUUAUCAAACUUCAGCAUCAGAUGAGAGCCUGCUAGACGCUAUACAGACGGACAUAGAUCGCACGUUUCCAGAUAACGUCCACUAUCGGUCUGGAGAAACUGCUAAGAAAGGAAAACGACCUGAGCUCGACAGAGUCUUGACUGGUGUUGGAAGAUAUAAAAAGGAAAUUGGAUAUUGUCAGGGUAUGAAUUACAUUGCGGCAUUACUCCUAUUGAUAAUAGAUGAUGAAGAAUCCGUAUUCUGGUUGAUGGUCACGCUAUUGGAAGACAUUCUUCCGCCUGAUUACUAUACAAACUCUUUGGUCGGAAUAAGAACUGACAUGGAAGUAUUAGGAGAUCUCGUGAAGGAAAGAAACCCAGCAGUAUCAUCUUGUUUUGAGCGAGAAUCGAUCGACUGGGUUCUGAUUUCAUCUAAAUGGUUUAUAUGUUUGUACGCUGACAUCUUGCCUACUGAGACUGUGCUUCGGAUCUGGGAUUGCUUAUUCACGGAAGGUUCAAAGAUAUUAUUUAGAGUUGCAUUGCAGCUCAUUAGUAUCAGAGCAGACAAAGUAAAGCUUGCUGAUGACAUGCCUGGCAUCAUUGAAGCCUUUCGUGACUUCAAUAAAGAUGAUGCCGCACUUGAAUGCCAUGCCUUCAUGCAGGAUUGCUUUGUUGAAAAAACUCCACUUCGUAUGUCUCAGAUCAAGAAAUUGAGAAAAAUUCACGAAAAUAAAUUGAAAAAUGAUGAUAAAGAAGUAGAAGCAAGGAGAAACAAAAAGCAAUAAUCGUUCGAAUAUUUUAUAAAUGAUUUUUUUUUUACUUUUUGCUCAAUUACAAAUCUGUGAAAUAAUUAAAAUUUAUUUUGAAUUUUAAUCACAAAAAGCUCAAAUUAUUAGAAAUAUUGGAAAAUUAAAAAGCCCAAAAUCUUUAGAAUUUAUAUGUCGUGCUAUGCCAUAAUUACAUUGAACAGGAAUACUGUUUGUUAAUCAGUACCAGUAUUGAGUGAUGAACAUCCAGUGGUAAUCAAUAUGAACGCCAAUCAUCACUAAACUGGAAAUAUUAUUUUUGAUUUUUUUACUCAUGUUCUGAUCGGCCUGGUAUAUAUAAAUCGAAGGAAACUUAUGGAUUGCUUGUCAUAGCCUACAAGCAAUUCCAAUGACUGUCAAACUUUCAUGGUCCAUGGCUUCUCCGAAGAACUCACAACCUUUUUUUCCAUGACCAGCAAUGUCCAACAUCACUAUUUUAGUGAUUUAUUCCUCACGCUUUUCCUCUCCGAACGCGGCCCUGUACAAGCAGUAAGGGGUUACUAUUAUUCGGUGAAAUGCCCCCAUCUCACCAAUAGUGUGAUAGAUUUAGAGGCAAUGCAGAACCGGAAAUAUUCCUUGUUAUAUGUCAUCACAAUACAAUCUUUUUUUGAAGCGAAAUGCGUGAAUAAACGUAGUAGAAAAAUACUUGACAAACGCCUCCUGCCAUGUCCAGCAUACAAAUCAUGACAAUCCUACGGACAUUGUUAAGGUUAAACACUUUUAUCUUGAAAUGGUUUUCUAGAUUUUUAAUUUUGUAGGUAUCAAACAUGGCGUUGUGAUCAUUUCUGCCAUUUUUUCAACUAUAUUUGGGAUAUUGCUAAAAUUUAUGUUAUUUGGCGUGGGGAUUGGUAAUUUAGAAUUAAGUGAUUACUUCAAAUUUAGAAAAAAAAUAAAUGAUCUUAGGUGCUCCGGGAGUAUGUGUACCAAGAUAGCCCACAUCCUGAACAUAGAAUGUGUAUUAGGUUGUAGUUCAGGUUGUGCGCUAUCUUGGUGCACAUUUUUCUGGAGCGCCCUGGAUUGUCUGUACCUACUAUGAUGCCAGAUUUUUGAACCUUUGUAUGCAUAUCUUUGGUAAAAUGAAUUCAAUAUUCCCUAUCUUCCAGCUGUCUCAUUUUCCCAAUUUGUAAAUUGAGGAAUCUUUUUUCUUGAAAUAUUUUAAUUUGAGCACAAACCUACUUCUUCAACAUAUAUCUCUUUAUAACAUAAAACCUUUAUUUCUGUAACGUGUAUCUACAUUUGAUUUUUUUUUAUUUUUAUAUCUGUUGUAUUUUUAAAAUAUUUACUGAUAUCCCAAAUGAAUGUAAUUUUUCAUAUCCCCAGAUCCCCACUCGACUGUUUAAGCUUUUUCAAUUUCUAAAUUGAGAAAUCUUUUUUUUUUCAAAUAUUUUGGUUUUACAUCGUACCAAUCUUCUUCAACAUAUAUUUCUUUAUAACGUUAAACCUUCAUUUCUGUAACAUGAUUCUUCACAUUUUUAUAAUCAGCUGUAUUUUGAAAUGGUUCGUGAAACGUGGAAAUAACCUAUAUUUCAGUGCUCCCGAAGUAUGCGAACCAAGAUGGUGGACAUCGGAACGAAACAUGGGUAACAGGUUAGGGUUAGGCGAUAAUUUUGUUCCCAUUUUCCUUAUUUUAGUCCU